CCGGCGCCACGCCUCGCCCAGCGCUAGGAGCGAGGCGGCUGCCGUCCCAGCCAGCUGGCCCUAGCCCCGCGCCCGGGGAGCAGCCGAGCCCUUCUCCGCACGUGGGCAUGGGGAACCAGGUGGAGAAACUGACCCACUUAAACUACAAGGAAGUUCCCACGGCCGACCCGACCGGCAUGGACAGAGACGAGGGUCCCAGGAUCGGGGUGUCCUACAUCUUUUCCAAUGACGACGACGAGCUGGAGCAGCAGCAGCAGGACUCAGUGGCUCAGGAUAUGGGAGGCGAGCACCCCGCCCCGCAGCCCUAUGACCCUCGGUUGCAGGAGGUGGAGUGUUCGGUUUAUUAUCGGGAUGAGUGUAUCUACCAGAAGACCUUCGCUGGGGAUGAUACCGCACCAGAUGAGAGGGAUGGAGGAGGUGGGGGGCAACUGAGCACUUACACCCCAGAGAACCUGCUGAACAGAUGUAAACCAGGCGACCUGGUGGAGUUUGUGUGCCAGGCCCAGUACCCACACUGGGCAGUGUAUGUUGGGGAUUUUCAGGUAGUGCACCUGCAUCGGCUGGAGGUGGUGAACAGCUUCCUAACCGAUGCCAGCCAGGGCAGGAGAGGUCGCAUUGCCAACUAUUUGUACCGUUACAAGCCCCUGAGCCCGGCCACUGUGGUGCGGAAUGCCCUGGAGCAGGUGGGCUGUAAGGAUCGGGAGCUGAGCUGGAGGAACUCUGAGUGCUUUGCUGCCUGGUGCCGCUAUGGCAAACGGGAGUUUAAAAUUGGCGGGGAGCUCCGCAUAGGCAAGCAGCCCUACCGGUUGCAGAUCCGGCUGGGGGACAAACGCAGCCACACGCUGGAAUUCCAGAGCCUGGAGGAUCUGAUCAUGGAGAAGAGGAGGAAUGACCAGAUCGGUAGGGCUGCUGUGAUCCAGGAGCUCUCCAGCCAUCUGCAAGCUGCAGAGGAGGAAGAGGAGGAGGAUGAUCCAGGUGCCCAGACUGCUGCUGACUAGCAGCAUCAGCACCAUCAUGCUGCUUAGGCUGGGUGAUGGGGAUUAAAACUGAAGGCUGCGAAAUUGAGCUGUUAUAAGCCCUUUGGGCUGCUUCAGUGCAGCUUCAUUCCAAUCACAUGUGAAAGGAAGGGGGAAAGCUGAUUAAGUGUCUGCGCUUUAGUACUUAACUCCUUCAGUGCUUGGUAAAUCUCUGACUUAUUUGUAGAGGAUAAAACUCGGGGAGAUUCCACCACCCCCGUGUAUUACCUUCAUCCCCAAACCAUCAGUCUCUUGGCUGCUGGCAGGUAUGGAUCUUACAUGGUGCUGAGUGCUUUCAGUUUCUAUUGAGUUCAGUAGGAGAUGAGGGCAUUCAGCACCAUUUAGAAGGAGCCAGCACCUUGUAGGAUAGGGCCCUGUAGCUCUCAAGUGCAUGAUUGACCGGCCUAACUGGGAAAUUCAUUUUCCCCCACCCCCUUCCCUUGUCUCCUCUCCAUGUAGUUAUCUUGUGGUUCCUGUUAGUAUUACAGCAAGCUAUUUACCUUAGUCUGCUGGUGCCAGACCUUUGUGGCUUCACACCCAACCCCCAGUCCUCAAAGGAUUUAAGAGAUAAAUCAUGGUUAACUUUGUGAAAUAGGGUUUGACAUGCACGGUGUCAUCUUAAUUAAAGUCACUUGCAGACUGGCGAGGGGAAUCCCUGCCUGCCUGUUUGUGUGUGGCUUCCUUCUAUGUACAGUGGGCUAAGUUGUCCUGAUGGGGGUGGGAAAUGACCCGAAGUGGAGGUUUGCUGUGAUCAGGAUUGCUGUCUAUGCAUUAUAAUGCACUGAAACCUUUUGGGGGCUCUCUCUAUCACCGGCUUAACUGCAUCAGCAUUCAUUAGGGGGCUUGAUCCUGCUCCCACUGAAGUCAAUUGCAAAGUCCCCAUUGACUUCUGUGGUGCAGGAUUGGGCCCUAUAAGCAGCUUUUUCAUGUGUUUUUAGUGUGUUUGGGUGAGCUAGGGAUAAAUUAACCCUGGCAGGGGUGGUCUAGCAUUUUGGCCAAGCCCCACCAGAGGUGGGAGUCUUUAGCCAGUAUCAGCACUGCAUCAGUCUUGUUUUAAGGCUAUAGUACAAAUAGCACUUUGAUUUGGUUGCUUAAACACUUAAUCACAGGGAAUAAAGCAUGUCUUGAAUCCUACUGCCUGGAAUAUGUAGGCUAGUGAUUAACUGGUAAAAUUCCUAGUGGUAGGGGUCAGGAGAAGUUGCACAA